AUGAAUUCCAUCCCAACUGAUCUCUUUCUCGAGAUAAUCUCGAGAUUGCCUGCAAAGUCAGCCGCGAGGUUUCUCUUCGUGUCGAAGCAAUGGGCGUCCAUACUUUGCCGUCCAGAUUUCACGGAGUUGUUCCUCACCAGGUCCUCUUCUCGUCCGCGUCUCUUAUUCGCCAUCAAAGGAAUUGGAAAAGGUGAGUGGCACUUCUUCUCGUCGCCUCAGCCUCGUAAUCCAUAUGAGAAGUCGUCGCCUCUUGUAGUAGCCCUUGAUUCUCAUAUAAAGUUCUGUGAAGACUUUUGUGGUCAUACCUCUGGUUUGUUUUGUUUCCGUUCUGUUCGGAUCUCAAAAGGUGUUGAAGAGACGAUGCAUAUGCAGCAUGUGAUACGUAACCCUAGCACGGGACAGUUUGCCUUCUUACCUAAACUGACAAGUUACAUAAACUCAGAAAGUUCUUUAGGGUUUGAUCCAAAUCAUGGCAUAUACACAUACUCAAAAAGUUUUUUAGGGUUUGAUCCCGUUGACAAACAGUCCAAAGUAUUGUACAUCGCUGGUUGUGAUGAUCAUAGAAUUCUAACGUUAGGAAGUGGAGAAAUGAGGUGGAGGAAGAUAAAGGCUCCAACUGAGAAAUUCAAGUUUAUUGAUGUAGGAUGGCAUUAUGGGAAAUUGAUAAACUAUAAGGGUAAAGUGUGUAGCGUUCUUCGUUACGCUAGUAGGGUUCGUGCUUGGAGUCGUGCCCUUGAGUUGCGUAUGUUGGUUCUAGAGGAUGUCGAAAAAGGGGAAUGGUCGGAAUAUGUACAUGUCUACACUUUACGGGAUGAUGAAUUCCUUGAUGACCCCAAUGAUUUCCACGAUAUUUCCGUCGCUGGAGUGACAGCUACAGGUGAAUUUGUUUUGUCACCGAACAAUACAUAUAGACCGUUUUAUGUUUAUUACUUCAAUCCGGAAAGGAAUACUCUCCAACGUGUUGAAAUCCAAGGCUUUGGAACUAUGUUUAGCUGUUGUAACAAUGACGCUUACGCGUUUGUAGACCAUGUAGAGGAUCUUAAGUUUAAUAUCACCGAGACAACACCUAUGAGCCAACCAGGACCAGGACAGAAGCGUAAACCCAAGAGCGUAUCAACAUCAUCUAAGCCUCACCUCCAACAACAUCGUGGAACGUUUGAGAUCGUUAACAAAUUCAAUGCUCUGUGUCUUUUAGAUGAUGAUUAG